GAGGAGGAAGAGCUGGAAAGAAAGAAGGAAAAAGAGGAGAGGGAAGGAUGUCGGAGAGGAUAGCUUCGUGUGGGAGCUUGUAUGACAGCAGCACCAACCUGCUGCUACAGUACUGCAACAACGAUGACACGGUGUCGGCCAGUAGUAACAUGGACAUGGAGGACCGGGUUUCACACCUGGAGCAGAAGCUGCAGCUGCAGGAGGAUGAGAUCCAGCUGCUGAAAUCAGCUCUGGCUGAUGCCCUGCGCCGACUGGGGUACUGUGAGGAGCAGAGCCUGGGGAUGCAACCGGGAGGCGUCCAUGCUGCAGGCAGGAGACCUCUGGCCACCAAAGCUUCAGCGCCACCUACCAAGGUGCGUCAGCUCCUGCAGGCUCUUCCCUCCAGGCCUCUGAGUAACGGCUACGUUCAACAGAAACGCCUCCUCUCCUCCCCUUCCUCUCCUAAGAAGGAGGUGCUACAGUCCAUCAAGAGGAAGAGUAUGUCCACAGAGCGUCUCACCGUGGUGAGGAGAGAGAUGGGAGCAGAGAGUCGAAGUCGAACCACCUCCUCCAGCAGCUCCUCUGGAGGCAAAAGUAAAUCCAAAGAAUGCACCCUCAAUGCAGAGGACGGCUACGUAAGGAUGUUCCUCCGAGGUCGCCCCGUCACCAUGCACAUCCCUGACCAGCAGAGGGAGAGCUUCAGCCUCGACCAAAAGGUGGCGCUAUCUGACCGCAAGCUCAAACUGCAGUGGGUCUACGGCUACCGUGGACGUGACUGUCGCUCCAACCUCUACCUGCUGCCCACAGGCGAGAUCGUCUACUUCAACGCCUCCGUGGUGGUGCUGUACAACACCGAGGAGCAGCAGCAGAGACACUACCUGGGCCACAACGACGAUGUCAAAUGCCUGAGUGUGCAUCCUGACAUGGUUACCAUAGCAACGGGACAAGUGGCUGGAAACUCUAAAGAUGGAAAGCUGCUGGCUCCUCAUGUUCGAGUUUGGGACUCUGUGAGCCUCAACACGCUCCAUGUGAUCGGGAUGGGAGUGUUCGACAGAGCCGUCACCUGUGUGGCUUUCUCCAAGUCGAAUGGCGGCACCUAUCUCUGCGCUGUGGAUGAUGCCAACGAUCACAUCCUGUCGGUCUGGAACUGGCAGAAGGAGAAGCAACUGGCUGACGUCAAGUGCUCCAAUGACUCUGUACUGGCUGCUGUGUUUCAUCCCAUGGAUGCCAACCUGAUUGUCACCUGUGGAAAAUCUCACCUCAACUUCUGGACCAUGGAGGGCAACACUCUCACCAAGAGACAGGGCCUGUUUGAGAAACAUGAGAAGCCAAAGUAUGUGUUGUGUGUGGCGUUUGCUGAGAAUGGAGACGCCAUCACAGGAGACUCCAGUGGAAACAUCUACGUCUGGGCCAAAGGUGGUAACCGCAUCAGCCACCAGGUGUCUGGGGCCCACGAGGGCGGGAUCUUCUCUGUUUGUGUCCUGAAGGAUGGCACCAUGGUGUCUGGAGGAGGGAAGGACCGCAAGGUGGUGCUGUGGGGCCACGAUUACAGAAAACAGGCUGAGAUGGAGGUAGGAGAGUCAUUUGGUCCUGUGCGGGCUCUGGCUGAAGGUAAACCUGGAGAGCUCUUCGUAGGAACCACCAAGAACGCCAUCAUCAGAGCCGCCUUCCCUGAUACAUUAACUCCUAUUGUACAGGGGCACACAGAUGAGCUGUGGGGUCUGGACAUCCAUCCCUCUAUGGAGCAGUUCGUCACCUGCUCCCAGGACAGACAGGUUCACCUCUGGGACACCAACUCCCAUCAACCCCUCUGGAGCAAGACCAUCGAGGACCCGGGGAGGUGUGCUGGUUUCCAUCCCAGCGGAGCUGUUCUGGCUGUGGGGACCAUGACUGGAAGAUGGUUGGUGCUGGACACUGACACCCGGGAUCUUGUUUCUAUGCAUACAGACGGCAAUGAGAUAAUUUCCAACAUCAAGUACUCUCCAGAUGGUAACUUCCUGGCUGUUGCUUCCCACGACAACUUUGUUUACAUCUAUGCUGUGACGGAGAAUGGCCGAAAGUACAGCCGUGUGGGGAAAUGCACUGGCCACUCUAGCUUUGUCACCCAUCUGGACUGGUCCGCAGACAGCCAGUACCUCGUCACCAACUCAGGAGACUACGAGAUCCUCUUCUGGGAGGCAUCCAGUGGUAAACAUGUGACCAACAUGGACACUGUGCGCAACCUGGAGUGGGCCACUUACACCUGCACUCUGGGCUUCAACACCUUUGGAAUUUGGCCAGAUGGAGCAGACGGCACAGACAUCAACGCCGUGUGCAGGUCACAUGACGGAUCCCUGUUGACUUCUGCUGAUGACUUUGGCAAAGUGCACUUGUUCUCCUUCCCCUGCUCUCAACCAAGGGCUCCGAGCCACGAGUACGGUGGCCACAGCAGUCACGUGACCAACGUUGCCUUCCUGCACGAUGACAGUCUCCUGAUCUCCACCGGUGGGAAAGACACCAGCAUCCUGCAGUGGGUGGUCGCCUAAGCAAUGCUAUCCAUCCACAUCUCUAUUCCCCACAGUCGGGGACCAGCAUCCUCUCCAAACCCUUUCACCUUUUUCACUGUUUUAUCCGCAGUGUCUCCUCUGUGCCUACUGAAAAUAAAAAAUAAAACAAACACACACACACACACACACACAACUUGACCGACCCACAGAUGUCAAACCAGAUGCGAUGAUGAGUAUCAUUGUAAUAAAUGGAAUAUUAUUUAGAGUCCUGCUGUUUGUAAUAGAAUGUAGAGAAAAUGAGAAAAGUGUUGCCAUGCAGGAAGUGAAUCCUAACUGUUUCCCCCUAAAAAAAAUACUGCAACACAACUACUGCUGGUGGUGACCACACAGUAAACCUGGGAUUUUAGCAUUAGUACUAACUGUGCCUAAACUGUGUUUAUCUUAACCCCCUUUAAUGGGAAUUCCACCUAUUUUAUAGGACAAGUAUGUUUGCAAGUUUUAGCUCCUUAAUUACAAAUCAUGUAUACAAUACAUUUACAGUGCAUGCUACACAUUUAUAAUUAUGAUUGUAUAUUAUAUAUUAUUUUGGGGUUUAAUAUUAGGGUAUUUUUCCUACCGUUCAGCAGCUAUUGGUUUCCAGUCUUUUCCACAAAGUAUGGAAAAAGCAUAUUCUUGAGGUGGAUAUGUUAAUACAGCCCAGACUUUUCAAAUCAGCCUGCACUAGAACAGCAUCAACAGGAAUGUGAGAUUUAAAAUAAUGCAGAAUCGAUGUUCACUGUGAUUGAUUACUCAAUUAAAAUAUUUUCCUGUAGAUUUUCUUAUCAUACAGAAUGCAUGGAAACCAGUGGAUGCUUAAAAAUAAAGAGGGAAAAUGCGCUUCUAUCUAUAAAACAGCAGCUUGGUUUGCAAAAAAAUUGUGAGCUUUGAUGUAAAGUAUACAUGAUUUGAGAUAAAAGGGUUAAAACGUGGAAAUCAAACAGCCCUUUUAAGAGUUCAUGUAAAUUCUGCCCCCCAGGAGCAUAGUCGAAUCUUGUGAACAUGCACCGCUCUUUCCUGACGCCAGAAAUCACUGAGAUAGACCUAAAAACUUGUGACUAACGUGCAGUGCAGGGAUGUAGUAAGACAGAAUGUAACCUUGUGAAGGUGUCAUACUCUAAAGUUAGUGUUACUGUACAUUAUCUUCUUGCUUUAACAAAGAGUGGUGUAUGUUUGGAAGAACUGACCUGCAAAGGAAGAUUGUAUUAGAAUUCCUAAAAUGGGUGGUAUUCCCCUUUAAAACAACUAUAACCCCAUUGCCUUGUUAUCUUACACUUUUCCAUCCCACAACCUUUUCAAACUCUUAAUUAGUAGUAGUAGUACUCUAGUAUUACAGAUUGCUGUUUGAGAUUGUAAACGGUACAAAGCGGCUGUUUUGUCCCAGGCCACUCAUUUUGUCCCUUCCCCUCUGGACUACUGUGUUUCUGAUUGUACUACUACUGUAACUGUGCUGAGAUGGCACUAGAUGGCGCUACAAUGCAAGAAAAUGAGCAUGACCGAGGCUACCCGCCUUCUGAAGAUGCUGUUAAUGUCGCAAAGGUCUAUAGAGUAAAUAUAUGUAUUAUGCAUUAUAUCCGAGUGGCUGUGUUAUUUUAAUAUUUAACUGUAACAAUGAUGGAUGUUAUUAUUAUUCUUGUGGCACUUUUAGCGAUUGGCAGAAGGGUAAUGUAGGCUGCUGUGCUGUGGAAGUGAGCUUAAGCUGUGCUUUGCCUUCUGUUUUGUUAAUAAAGUUUUUACCCAAGUACUA